CGACAGAUGGCGGUAUGCAAUUUGAUCAAAACGGAAAUGACGACCGGUGAGCCUGGCCUCGAGACCACGUGCGAUUGUAGCUCAGGCACACUAGUACGGCCGACCCGACGCUCUCAAGAUGAAACGACCAAAGCUAAGGAAAGCUAGCAAGCGAAUGUCAUGUGCAAAGCGGUAUAAAAUCCAGAAGAAGGUCCGAGAGCACAACCGAAAGCUAAAAAAAGAGGGCAAGAAGAAAGGAACGAAGAGAGUAUCCAAGAAAGAUCCAGGCGUGCCCAGCAGUGCGCCAUUUAAAGAGGAGGUUCUGAGGGAGGCAGAGCAGAAGAGACUGCAGAUUGAGGAGGAAAAAGAAAGAAGAAAACAAGCUGGGAAAGAAGAGCGUGCGAAGAAGAGGAAACGGGAAAAGGAGGCUGGAAGUAAAGAAAAGGAACGCAAAGCCAAAAAAGCACGUCAGGAUAAGACUGCGAAGGGCCCAGGGAAGGAAAAUACAACAAAAAGGAACUCCCAAAAAUCAUUUUGUGCCGAACUAAACAAGGUCAUCGAUGCAUCCGAUGUUGUUUUAGAGGUGCUGGAUGCUCGUGAUCCGCUGGGGUGCAGGUGUCCACAGCUGGAAGAGGCAGUGCUGCAGAGAGGGGGCAAGAAGCUGCUUUUUGUUUUGAACAAAAUCGAUUUGGUACCAAGAGUUAAUGUGGGACAGUGGAUACAAAUAUUACAGCAGGAGUUUCCAGUUGUGGCCUUCAGCGUACCAAGACCCUUUCGACAGGAGAAAACGCAACUAAAGAGGCGUAGGAUCAAACCCUCCAUUGGCCUGUUCAAGGGAACACCCUGCUUCGGAGCCACCAUUCUCACCAAGCUGUUCGGACGUUACGCUGCAAACAAGAAGGCCAAAUCUCGUCUCCGAGUGGGCGUAGUUGGCUUUCCUAAUGUGGGUAAGAGCAGCCUAAUCAACAGUCUGAAGGGAAGCCAAGCAUGCAUUGUUGAUAGGAAGAGGGGCGUCACAAAAUUCAUGCAGGAGGUGCAUAUGUCACAAACUGUGAAUUUGGUAGAUAGUCCAGCAAUACUGGCGUGUCCGUCCAACCCGGUCACCACCAUGGCUCUGAGGAGCCUGCACAUAGGGGAACGUGCAGAUGAGGCUGUCAGGACUCUGCUCACACACUGCGAUAAAACUGAGUUUAUCCUGGAGUACAAUAUCGCUGACUUUCGAAACUCUGAUGAGUUUCUAACCUUGUUGGCCAAAAAGCGUGGAUUCUUGAAAAGUGGUGGCAUCCUUAACAAAGAGCAGGCCUCUUUAUCAUUUCUGGAUGAUUGGACAGGAGCCACACUGCGCUACCACUGCAAGACCAGUGAUCAACACAGGCGGCCUGCCUACGUGACGGACACUGUUGUCACAGAGAUGUGGGCCGGUCAGGAUCGUAAGAAACUGCAAAGUGGCAACCGCAAAACGCUUAACAGUACAGGGAUAAAAUUCCCAUCCGCACGCAACAGUAUCUCCUUCGUGUCAAACGGUCCCACUGCAGGUCUGAUGGUAGUCAGCGACAUCCCCGAAGAAACAGUUGCUGUUGGACCCAGUGAGGAGGAAGAUGAUGAGCCAGAGAACACAGAGCCUGACGAAAGUGCUGAUGAGACAACUGAUGAUGAACCAGAGACAGUUUCACCCAAAGAAACAACAAAUCAUGUUCAGUUCAAGGCAGCCCCCAUCAGCACCACUCGCUCCACAGAGGAAACAGACGAUGCCUACGACUUUAACGCCUAUUUUUAAUGAACUUGUAUUUGAGUCCAUGAGGUCAGGGGAAGGUGCAGCCCUUCAUUUAAAAACACGCAUAACUUCUAUUCUCCACUGCAAAUCUGGAGACUGCUCUCAGUGUCUGGACAAUCAGACAAAAAAAAAAAUUAACCAUUCGUAGUCUGUUCAUAGAAAUCUAUGAACUUUUCAUAGACACCAAAUGAGUCAAAAUUUAAUGUAAACCACUUUUAUUUUAACUUUGAACAGAAAUUGUCACACAGAAGGUAAACUUGUCAAAAGAUAUUCAAAACAAUGGUCACUGAAGCACCUAAAAACCCCAGUGGCUGUUGGCCCGUAUGGGUGAUUUUUUUUUUUUUUUUUUUUUUUUUUUUCCCUCCAUUAUUAAUAAUAUAAUGUUUAAAAAAAUGUGAAUUCAUAAUCAGUCCAAAUUGGCAAUAAACAAAUCAUAACCUUAAAAAAAGAGAAAAAUCUCCAUGAACUGGUUUUGAUGAAUAUUCUAUCUGAAUUGUGUGGCACUAUUGUCGUGUGCCUAGUCAUUUGGCAGAUGUAUGUAUAUUUGGUGACUUCAGAUUUGGUAAUUAUGUCCAGUAUGAUCCACACAGUUGUAUCUCUGUAUAAACAUUUUGUAUAUAGACACUAAUACAAUAAACAAGUGUUUCACUCUCCUGA